AUGGGUCAACAGUUGGCUUUGAGUGGUAUUGGUCAUUUCGGCUGUGAUGGUGCCCCCCUUCCGGACCUGAAGGUUUCCAGUAUGGAACGUGUGCUCCCGAGAAGGGACCGGGCAGUGAACCCCCUUCUUCGCGCCUACGCGCUCGGGUACCUGUCAUCGGUCACCCCGAGGUUGGUGUCGUAUGUACGCCGACUGUGCAGGCAAGAUUGGACUGCACAGCAGAAACUUCAAGAGCUAGUUCAAGUCUUGACUGGCCCGUUGCGUGUUAACAGUUUCCCAACAUUUUGUGCUGCCUUAGUAGGCGGCUCAACCUUGCUACCAAUAGGAUUGUAUCGCCUAUGUGCUUUGAUCACCGCAGGACUUACCAGAGGCGACAUUCGAAUUUCUCAAAGGCUCGAUCGCUUGAUUCGAUUCGCUGCAGCCUUUCUAUCAGGAUGGUUCAGUUUCCAACUUAUCAACAGAAACCGCAUUUGUCUUCCGACAGAGGAUGUCAGGACUCAGCGGAAGUCGACUGAGCGGGAAUCUACAGGCCAGAAAUAUGAUUCCAGUCAAGUUGCAGCCAAUCCGCUUGAGCAUCACCGCCCAGAGCUGGCAGGGAGGACAAUGGACCUUACCAUCUUCUCAGUCACACGAGCCAUGGAUGUCAUCGCGUGUGUGGCAUGGAAUCGCUGGUCCCGCCACCGCAAGGCCCAGAACCGGUGGACUGUUGCCGAACGCUUCGUACCUGGAUUAGCGGAUGCAGGAUUAUUCGCCAUGAGCGCAGCUAUCGUCAUGUGGGCAUGGUUUUAUCUCCCAGAGAGACUACCCAGGACAUACGAGAAAUGGAUCGGGGAAGCCGCUCAGGUUGACUCGCGUUUGAUCGAGGCUUUGCGCCGUGCUCGACGAGGUGUCUUUGUAUACGGAAAGGAUACAGGACAAGCACCACUUCUCAAGCCUAUGUGCAAGGACUAUAACUGGCCAGAAGAUUGGGGAGACCCAGCCAAAACCAUUCCAAUCCCCUGCGAAAUGGUCCACAUGGGCUGCGGCCCUAGUUGUGAGAAACACGCCUUGUACCGCUUUGCCAGAACCUUUAAAUUUGCCUGUGCAACGUACAUCCCGCUACAGAUUGUUCUCCGUCUGCGGGGGAUGAAGUCCACAGCAGCUCUUCGGCGGGCUAUUUUUGAUGCUGCCCGAUCCUCUGCAUUCUUGGCCUCUUUCGUGAGCCUUUUCUACUACUCUGUUUGUCUUGCUCGAACAAGACUCGGCCCUAAGAUCUUCGAUCCGAAGACUGUCACCCCGUUGAUGUGGGACUCCGGCCUCUGUGUCGGAGCGGGAUGUCUCAUGUGUGGCUGGAGUGCAUUGGUCGAGAAGGCGCGGAAGAGACAGGAGCUAGCGCUAUUUGUGGCACCCCGGGCAGCUGCCACGGUCUUGCCACGGUUGUACGAUAAAAAGUAUCAAUACCGAGAGCGCUUUGCAUUUGCUGUCAGCGCUGCUAUUCUUAUCACUUGCCUUCGAGAGCGGCCCAGUAUGCGACAAAUUUACCUCCGGAAGAACGUCUUCGACGUGGAGAGGAGGUACUUCUCGAGAAAUUCCCUGCUCCAAACAAAGCACCAAGGAUCAUCAGCACCUUUUAAUACCCCGGAAUCGCAAAAGCGCAAUACCUCUACAUUGUACUAUACCGUCAGUCUCAUCCUCGGAACCGUUGCACUCGCAUAUGGAUCCGUCCCUCUUUACAAAAUGAUCUGCCAACAAACCGGCUGGGGCGGCCAACCCAUUCUCACCCACCGCAACGGCGACGGCGAUACCGCGGGGCGCGUGACACCAGUGACAGACUCCCGCCGUCUCCGCAUCACAUUCAACGGCUCUGUAUCCGAUGUUCUCCCCUGGAAGUUCACACCCCAGCAGCGCGAGGUCCGCGUGCUACCUGGCGAGACAGCUCUGGCAUUCUAUACCGCAACGAAUAAGGGCCCGAAUGAUAUCAUCGGAGUCGCAACGUACAGUGUCACGCCGGGACAGGUUGCGCCGUACUUUAGCAAGAUUCAAUGUUUCUGCUUCGAGGAGCAGAAGCUCAAUGCGGGAGAGUCGGUUGAUAUGCCGGUCUUUUUCUUCAUUGAUCCUGACUUUGCGACGGAUCCUAAUAUGAAGGGUAUCGAUACUAUUACCCUGUCAUAUACAUUCUUCAAAGCGAAAUAUGAUGACAAUGGUGUUCUCAAGCCCAUUGCUUCAUGA